CUACCAGUUCCGAACUCGAGUUACCGAGUAUCGUCCUUAAAGUGACAACGUUUAGCCGGCGCCAGAGGGUUGAAGAACUGCAUCUCGUCGUGGCCAGAUUUACCAACCACCUCAGUUCACAUAAGAAGCUAUCAUUCAUAACUUCAACCAACUUUUAAUCAAUUCAAGAGUGAUAGGCUACGGCUUACACAACCCCAAGGUGUAGCAUUGCGUCUGACCAGCUAUCCAUCAUGACGGCAAGGUCCUCUUCAAUCGUCCGUAGGGCGUUGCUCUAUGUACCCUCAUCAUCGGAAAAGAUGCUGACCAAGUCGUUGGGCCUCAAGUCCGACAACGUGACAUAUGAUCUUGAGGACUCCGUGACACCCUCAUUGAAAUCAGAGGCUCGAGGGCAGCUCCGGUCUUUUCUCUCCAAGCAUAAGUCGAGGCCGUCGUCGAUAUCCGAAUUGGCAGUUCGAAUUAAUGCAGUGGAAACCAAGUUUGCUCUGGACGACUUGACGUCUUUAGGCUCACUCCCAAAUAUCGAUGCUGUCGUUGUUCCCAAGGUCAACUCCGCUGCCGAUCUGACUUACGUUACCGAUGUUUUGCGUCAUGUAGCCCCCGAACGACACACAGCGACAUCACAGAAUCCCAUCAAAAUCAUCGCCUUGAUCGAGUCUGCGCGUUCGGUUAUGAACCUUUCGGAAAUCUGCAAGGCGUCGCCAUAUCUAAGCGGUCUCAUCUUUGCGGCCGAGGACUUUGCCCUGGACUUAUCGUUGACAAGAACGCCAUCUCUCACCGAGUUUCUCUACGCACGCUCCGCCAUUGUAACUGCUGCCAAGGCCACCGGCUUACCUAGUGCGAUCGACCUUGUCUGCACCUCCUACAAGGGAGAUGAAGGCCUCAAGCGAUUGGAAGAGGAGUCUAUCGGAGGAAAGUCCAUGGGAUUCAACGGAAAGCAGUGUAUACACCCAAACCAGGUGGAACUUGUCCAGAAACUGUUUGCCCCUGGCGAAAAGGAGGUCGAGUGGGCAGUGCGUGUUGCAAUCGCAGACGAGAAAGCUAGCAAGGCGGGCCGUGGAGCCUGGACGUUGGACGGUAUGAUGAUCGACGCGCCGGUAACAGGAAAGGCGAAAUCGAUAAUUGCGAAAGCAGAAAGAUGUGAUAUCGACGUGGCCAGCCUCCGGGCGAAAUGGAAGGACCAGCAGCCUGAGUAGACUACGUCGCUAAUGAAAGUAGUUUGGCCGCCAGAACGCGAGCAUGAGGUUUUCUUGGUUGACUGACCAGAGAUGUCGGCCGCGAGAACACUGGUUGCUGCCAGAGGGCUUCUUCCCUACAACCAAUCCCAUAGGGUAGAUGACCAUAGAGGUUGUUGCCAGCUGGUUCUUGUUCGGGCAAGGCAUAGUGAUGAUUUGCGCCCCCUCUAGGCGAACUGUGAGCAUUUGCAGCACCUACAUGUUGCCGGUAAGGUAUUGGAGGCUCGGCAGAUCGUUCUGGCGCCGCAACUUUCCCUCCAGACUGCUCGGCCGUUGCUCCAUGUCAGGCUCGGCGUCACCCUUCGCACGCAUAUCACCU